AUGCCUCCUCCUCCCCCACCGCCGCCCCCACCACCGAAACUAGGCUCUGUUCCUGCGGGUAAUAAUCAUCCUCUCGCUGCCCAAUCGGUUGCAACUCCAGGAGUGUCAUCCAUGAGCAUACCCAAACCAGAUGCACCCGGUGGGCUUGCAGCUCCCACCAGUCCUCCACUGCGCAGUCCCGUGCCAAUAAGAUCUGCUUCUCCUCAAGUCAAGGUGACUUCUGCCGCCGUAUCCCCAGCUAGAACACUUGACGCUCAGGCAGAUGCCUUUCUCUCGGCACCCUCCUAUCGGACCAAUCAACUUGGUUUGGAACCGGCGUUACGUCCAUUGCCACUUCCUCCUGGAGAAGGAAUUGAAAGAGUUCGGACGCUUGUGGAAAGGAGGGCCUGGGGAGAUGUGCUCAAGUUAUCCGCAAAUGUAUUGCAAUCGGGCAAUCCUCAUGCGGACGUGUACUCGUCCCUAUUGCUCUUGCCGACAAUGGCACCGAAAAGUGACGUGGAGACAUUACCUCUGGCAAUGAAAUUGGAAACAGUGGAAGUCAUGGCGCUGUAUUGUCACGCCUUGUUGAAACUUCGAAGGUAUGCCGACUUGGAAAAGGAGGUGGCAAAAUGGAACUUUUUGUUUCAGAACGAAACCAAUGUGUUUUCACCAGAUUGGUUGCCAUGGAGUAUACAUAUACUGGGAGCGCAAUCAUUGCAGUACACUGGGGACUUUGAUCAGGCAGCAGAUGUGCUUCAGGAUUUGCAGAGUCGAAUCCCACAAGAAGAUGCAUCGGCAUUGGCAUCCGUCAACAUUGCUUUGGCCAACUUGUACAUACGGCAAGAACAAUGGCGACUUGCCCUUGGUACGUUGGACCGAAUCACGGAUCUAAUUCCAGCGGCGACCGAAUUGGAAAUUCAAUCCAAAUAUUCCACCGCUCCCAACCCAGCCGCACUCCAAUCCACAUUGACCGCUGCCUACCAGUGCGAGGUUCGUUUUCGCCAAGGCAAAGCACUCUUGCAAAUUGGUGCCUUGCCACAAGUGGCCGAACUCUUUGAAUAUGCCCGAAACGAGUGGACCGCGGCCAAUGCAAAUAUUCCACCAGAGUUGGCAUCGCAUCCAGCCGUGGGCCUCAUGUUCUGUCAAAUGGAGGUGAACGAAGGCCUAUUUUACUUUGCGCAAAAUGACUAUGAUCAUGCUUUGUCUUCCUUUUCCAAUGCUGUGGAUAUUUUGCGACGUAUGGAUUUGUUGACUCACAAGUACAAUCCCGAUGCCUAUCUUGGAACUGGCGUUGUGUGUUUGGAUGAACCAAAUGAGCUCUAUAGUGAGUGUGUCAAUAACCUGGCCCUGUGCAAUUUGUACACUUGCAAGAUGCAAGAUGCCGUGGGUCAAUUGGAAGAUUUGGUCCGCUCGGAUCCAACCGCAUUCUUGACCGAGAGGGUUGCCUUCAACCUUUGUACCUUGUAUGAGCUGGGUGCGGAUUCUGCAGUCAGUGCUCGAAGGAAACGCGUCCUACAACUCAUUGCCAAGAGAUUCUUUCUGCACGACAUUGGUCCAGAAAGCUUCCGAGUGUCCUAG